UCCAAUCCCUGGCUCUGCAACAAGUUCCCUACCCCCAUCUCCUUUAGCUCCCCCCCUUCGGGGUUUAAGACUGCAAGCGCAUCCCUAAGGGGACCUUUCAGCUCCUAAGCCGUCUAGCCGGAGAUUCCCAAAUUCUGAUCUUGAGGUUAAAGGCUCCGGGAAGUGCAGCGGGGCCUGGGAAAUGCCGCAUGGGAGUGAGGGCGUUAUGCAUUGAGCCUCCAUUCCCCCUGCCAGUGAGGUGCCGCGGCCCGGGCAGCAUGACGACCGAGACCUUUGUGAAGGAUAUCAAGCCAGGGCUCAAGAAUCUGAACCUCAUCUUCAUUGUACUGGAGACAGGCCGAGUGACCAAGACCAAGGACGGACACGAGGUGCGGACCUGCAAAGUGGCAGACAAGACAGGCAGCAUCAACAUCUCAGUGUGGGACGAUGUGGGCAACUUGAUCCAGCCCGGGGACAUUAUCCGCCUCACUAAGGGGUAUGCUUCAGUGUUUAAAGGCUGUCUGACACUAUACACUGGCCGUGGAGGGGACCUGCAGAAAAUUGGAGAGUUCUGUAUGGUUUAUUCUGAGGUGCCUAACUUCAGUGAGCCGAACCCAGAAUACAGUACCCAGCAGGCACCCAACAAGGCGGUGCAGAACAACACCGACAGCAGCCCUGCAGCCCCCCAGCCUCCCACCGGACCCCCUGCUGCGUCUCCAGCCACCGAGAACCAGAAUGGGAACGGACUGAGCGCCCUGCCAGGUCCCGGCGGAGGCCCGCAUCCCCCCCACGCUCCCUCCCACCCACCGAGCACCCGGAUCACCCGCAGCCAGCCCAACCAUACAUCUGCUGCCCCUCCUGGCCCCACCAGCAACCCUGUCAGUAAUGGCAAAGAAACCCGAAGGAGCAGCAAGAGAUAGCAAGACACUCUUUCCUCCCUUCCUGCCGCCAGACACAACCCAGGCGUCUGCAGAGAGCAAGACAACUGGACACUGGGCUGCUGCCUUGCUGGGGGGACGGAGCGGUCGUUUUUUGCCACUAAACUGCCUUGGUGGGGCAAUGAGCAGUGGCCUUAUCCACCCUUAGCCCAAGGUCCCCCCCUGACCACCUGGAGCUGCCUGUCCCCUCCAAUUCCGGACAUCCUGCCUGCCCGCCCCCCCUCUUUAGAAGCGACAGUCACAGGGUGUGUCUCUUGUGUGUGCGCGCGCUUCGGGAGCCUCACUGAAAUCCCUUCCCUAAUAAAUGUUAUCAUUCCGA